CAAGCCCAGGAGCCAACUGGCUCGGCCUAUAAGGUUCCUUAGUCUGCCAAAGAAUGCCACCGGCUCAGACAAGAAGUUAGCCAGUGAGCCAAAGGACCAAAUAAAGACCAGCUUGCAGCCCCUGUCCAACCCAGAGCAGGCCCUGACUAAGACCUUCCAGCUGCUCCGCUCUGAUGACUGGGAGAAGAAGAUCGAGGGCUUGACCUCUCUCCGUGCGUUGGCUCAGAACCACAUGGACAUGCUGAUGCCUAAACUCCAUGAUAUCUGCCUUGCUAUUAUAAAUGAGGUGAAGAACCUGCGCUCUGCAGUGUCCUCUGCUGCCAUGGCCACACUGGGUGACAUGUACGCCUACCUCCAGAGGGCCAUGGACAGUGAGGUGGAGGGGACGGCACGCGUGCUGCUGCACAAAGCCAGCGACUCCAACACCUUCAUCCGGCAGGGCGCAAACUUUGCCCUUGGUCACAUGGUGCAGAGCUGCACCCCUACCCGUGUCAUGAAAGCCCUGCUCGUCAGUGGGCUGAGCCACCGUAACGCUGCGGUGAGGUGCUGCACUGCUCAGCACCUGGAGAGACUGGCUGAGGUCAUUGGGGCGGCUCGUCUCCUGUCAGGGAAGAAAGAACUCACUGACCGUUUCUUGAUUGCCGUCAGUAAACUGGCUGUGGACCCUGCACAGGAAGUCAGGCAUCAUGGUCGCAAUAUCUUGAAAAACAUGGCCACCUAUAGCGACUUUGCUAAAAUGUGGGACAAAUUCGCUCCGAAGAAAGAGCGAGAAUCCUUGAGGGGGGUCAUCUCAAAGCUUAACCUCAAAGCAAGGAAUAUCUAAAUAAUCCCCAAUUUGACUAUAUAUUUGUAUCUAAAUAUUUGCACAUUUCCCAACUUUACUAUUACACUGGGGGAACAAAGUAU